AGCAAAGUCUACUACAGUAGACUUAGCUUGUCAGCUAACAUUUAAGCUAACAGCAGCUGAUAUGUUUGUUAAUUAGUUAGCAAUGCAAAAGUGUCAGGCCUAGGUGGCCUCGAUUCCACGUUGUUGUUGUCAACUUAGUUGUCAGCAGUCCUCAAGUUAUUAACCUCGAGGAUGCUAGUGGUUACCAUUGUUGGAGUCGUCGGUAUUUAGCAGCCACUGAGUAACAAGAUCAGGUUUGCACUGAGCUGUACAGCUUCCUGGCUGUGAUUGGGGAUAUGAGAGACAUAAAACAGUCGUGUGCCACUGAAUAGACCGAGACUGCACGACUGUCCCAGUCAAUCUUCCACACAGAGGGUUCACUUAACAUCACACAACAUAUAUGGUUAACCUCAUUGAAUGUGUGAGCUGUGAUGCAUGUUUAAAGGGCAACUUCAGAGGUCGACGGUACAAAUGUUUAAUUUGCUACGACUACGAUUUGUGUGCAUCAUGCUAUGAGAGCGGUGCAACCACAACCAGACACACCACAGAGCAUCCCAUGCAGUGUAUAUUAACACGAGUUGACUUUGACUUGUACUAUGGCGGAGAAGCCUUCUCGGUGGAGCAGCCACAGGCUUUCACCUGUCCCUACUGUGGCCGGAUGGGCUACACAGAGAUCUCCCUGCAGGAGCAUGUGGCUGCAGAGCACACAGAAACCUCCACAGAAGUGAUCUGCCCCAUAUGUGCAGCGCUACCAGGUGGCGAUCCAAAUCAUGUGACAGAUGACUUUGCUGCUCAUCUCACACUUGAACACAGAGCCCCAAGAGACUUGGAUGAGUCCAGUGGGGUACGACAUGUGAGGAGGAUGUUUCACCCUGGGCGUGGGUUGGGGGGCCCACGAGCUCGCAGGUCUAACAUGCAUUUCACCAGCAGCACCACAGGAGGGCUCUCUACCAGUCAGAGCUCCUCACAAAGCUCCAACUACAGCAGAGAGGCUAUGGACCCCAUAGCAGAGCUUCUGUCCCAGUUGUCAGGAGUGCGGCGUUCGGCGGGAGGCCAGCUGAGCUCGGGCCCUUCUGCCUCACAGCUCCAGCAGCUUCAGAUGCAGCUCCAGUUGGAACGCCAGCAGGCCCAGGCAGCGCGUCAGCAGCUGGAGACGGCCCGAAACGCCACCCGGGGAGGCGGCAGAGCCAAUGCAAUUCUCAACACAAACUCUGCCACUGCAAACCCCAACCCCAGCGCCAACCAUACCAACAACCCCAGUCCCAACCCAGGGCCAUCUGAGCCCAGCACACAGCACCCUGCACAUAGCUCCCAGUUUUUACUCAGCAGGCUGAGCGAACCCCGGCUGUCUGAGGCAGAGCGGCAGGCGUGCGAGGCCCAGUGGGCCGACCGGAGUCUGUUUGUGACGGAGCUACUGCUUUCCACGCUGCUGCCCGAUGAGGACGCCUCGGCCUCCUCCUCCGAAGACGAGGAUGAUUGUCACGGCCCAUUGCGGAAUUUCGCCGACUUUGAGGCCAUGGGCUGUGUUGAGGUCAUGACCUUAGACGUGGCACUGGAGAAUCUCAACCUCAAGGAGACGACCCCGGCUACUAAAACAACGAAAACGACGACUAAAACGGCACCAACGAAGAAAGAGCCCCCUGCGCCGCCCCUUUGAUGACAUGGCCACUCCCUCCCCUAAAAAACCACCAUUGUAAACAGGCUGACCGCUCCGUCAGUCUAACUGCCAAUGGAUGACAAAAAAAGACAUCAGUUCUUUUUGGCUUUUUUUUUUUCAGUGAUUGUCAUUUCAGCUCUGUUGCUCCCCCACAACUCCACACCAUGUUUUACGUUGUGUACAUUGAAUAAAAGUAGUGAGACGAGAGAAUGUGAAAGCAAGCAAGCGUGGUGGGUGCGUGAGAGAAAAGGAAAAAUAACUAUAUAAAUAUAUUAUAGAAAAAUCUAUAUGAAAGCUGAUAAUCAAUUCCACAUAACCCGUGUUUUCUCUAGCAGAUGAGCAAAGCGUAGUUAGCCGUUUUAAGAGACGAACUUGUCACCCACUCACCGAGGGAGAAGAGGCUGACUGAAACCUCUCGGGUAAAAAACGCUGCUGUGUAUUUAUAGUUAUAAAUUAAAGAAGUGCUUGGAUGGUUUACCACAACUUAAGCAUGAGCUUAAAUCACCAUGUGCCCAUUUUUAACUGCACAGUCACUAGAAGGGGAGGUCUUUCUCUUGUUGGGACACCUAAGUAACUGUAAAUUAAUGGUGCUGAGUGCCACAUCACUGGCAAAUCUCCACCUCACUCAUACACACACAUAUACACACACAGACUGAUGGCCGUGGUUGGGUACCUUCAUGUCCAGUCUAAACCCCUCCCUCCUCUUUGUGUGACAUCAGCUGUUUUGGGUCAUGUGACCUUGCUUUAUAUCAACUGUGGGCACUUUGGUUUUGAAUCGCAUAUCCAGUGUCCAUUUGUGUACACUACAGAUGCUCCACGUGAAAGCUACUCUGAGGCAAACGGAGAUAAACAAUCUCUUUGGCGUGACCAUUUUCAAGCCUUUUAUAACAUGGAAGAAAAACAACACUGGUCUUCAUACGGUAGUUUUUUUUUUUUUUUUUUUUUCCCCCAGACCAGAUGCUUCUUCCUCAAGCUUUUCGUGAUCUAAAAUUAAUCUCUCCAUUACUCAUGAAUGCAAAGAUUACUCUUCAUGUGACUUGAAGGAGAGAAUCCUGUAUUGCUCUUUCCAUUAAUUUCUCUCAAAGCAGAUCUUUGUAUGCCUCCACUGCUACCUGAAGAAAUGCAAUGUAUGUUUUUUGGCUUAUCAGACAAGCCAAAUGACAGGGUAACCCUUUCAGUUUGGAGGACAAUAAAAGUGUUUUUGAAUGGAAAUUAACUAACCCAAUCCUGCUCCCUGGUUUGUGUUUUUAUUUUCUCUGUUGCUAACUUCUUGGACAGCAUCUACAGAAUAUGGUUAAAAAAAAAAAACAUCUUUCAGGUGCGCUUCAUUCUCGGUUGGUCUCAUCCCAUGAUGUACAUCCUCAUUCACAGAGGUGCACUUGGCAUCAGAUUGAGUCACGUGAUUAAAUUAUGGGCGAUAUGUUGAAUAAAGAUCUGUGACAUG